AUGGCGUUUGAGUGAAAAUGUACCUGAAAUUCUAUUGUGAAUACUGCCGCAUCAGCCCUUCGAUAGCUCAGUUGGUAGAGCGGAGGACUGUAGCGGUUGAACACUGAAAUCCUUAGGUCGCUGGUUCGAAUCCGGCUCGAAGGAGUUGACUGUUUUUUCCCCCUACUGUUUCAUUUCAUUGCAGUUUUAUACUGAUGGUUCUGUCGACUACGUUUGUAGUACUUUGCGAACAACGAAAAAUACAUUUAGCGUUUCUUUCCUAAGUGUACUUUAUAUGAAUAGAAAGCAUCUAGGUGUUUAAAUGUAGUCGAUAAGCCCAUGUUUGCUUCAUUUUAAAACGUUUUUAUUAUUUUGACAGUCACGAACGGGACUUUUAUUUUGAAACGGUCCUCAGCGUUCCUGUUGUUGUGACGACAAUGACGUAAAAUCACGUUUGAAGCGCUUUCUUCACGCUGUUCUCACAUGGAAACCUAAACAUGGAGAAUUCAAAUACAGAGAACGUAACAGAUGGCCAGAAUCGAGAUCAUGAAGCUGAAAAAGAGAAAAUGGAAUUGGAUAUUAAUAAUACACAGUUUCAGACUCAAACGACGUGUGAUCAGAACCUUGGUCCUCAACUUGGACCAUCAGAUGAGCCAUGCAGCGGUGGUCAGUCUGAACAACUAGAAGAUCAGUGCAGCAGAGGUCAGCCUGGGCCAGCAGAAGAUCAGUCUGUACACACAGGAGAUCAGGGCUCCAGUGGCGAACACAGACCAACAGCAGAACCUCUAACCGGUCAUCAGUUUGCACCGACAGGCGAUCAGAGCUCAAGUAGUCACCUUGAACCGACAUCAGAAGUAGUCCUAAAUGAUCAGUCUGAACAGACUGGUGGUUCAUCUGGACCGAAAGCAGAUCACUGCAGCAGCAUUCAGUCUGCUCAAACUGGAGAUCAGAGCUCCAGUGGUCAGCCUCUGCCAACGGGAGGACCUUUAACCAGCAAUCAGCCUGGAUUGGCAGGAGAUCAGAUCUCCAGCGUUCAGACUGGACCUGUAGAGACACCGAGUGGAACUGUGGUUAGCCCACAGUUUGGGACUGGAUCGUUGGCUCUGCUGAGCAUGCAGUACAGAGGAAACAGCUCAGAUGACAACUGUUCAGACAGUGACUCAGACUCUUCGUCCUCCACAUCCUCCUCUUCGUCAUCCUCAACCUCUUCCUCCUCUGAACCUUUAAAUUUAGCCAUGAACAACGUGGAAGAUGAAGAUGAAGGUGUUGCCAUGGCCAUUGACAAAAAGCCUGCUCCAUUGAAAACCCAGGAUGAGCUGCUUAUCGAGGACCUUCCUGCAGUGGAGAGCCUCCAUAUCAGCCUUCCAGAAGAUACAGAGAUGGAGGCCAUUGGGACAAUAUCAAGUGUUGUGGAGCAAUUAGUGAUUGUGGAGUCGUACAGGAACACACCACCACUGAAUGAAGACAGUGUGUUAUUCACCAAAAACAGAACCUCUAUUGGCAAGAUCUUUGAAGUGUUCGGUCCAGUUUGUCAGCCCUACUAUGUUUUGCGGUUCAACUCCCAUGACGACAUCGACCAGAAAGAUCUUAAAAUUCGAGAUACAGUUUACUUUGCUCCCAAAAUGAAAGAUUUCACAGACUACAUAUUUACACAGCUGCUCCAAAAGACCAAGGGCUCAGAUGCAUCAUGGAAAAAUGACCAAGAACCACCUCCAGAGGCACUUGAUUUUAGUGAUGAUGAGCAAGAGAAAAUGGCCAAACAGAAGCAUAAAGAGCAUAAGAGACGACCACAAAAAGAUUCUGACUCAGAGGAUGAAGCGGACGCCCAUAAAGGUCCUCCUCCUCAUAAAGCCGGUCGGCGGAAGCCCAGACAGAACCGCAAUGUUCCCCGCGGGCAGCACCACAAUCCUGGCGGUGCUUUUCAUAGCAACUAUCACGCUCGCCCCUCCUUCCCUCCUGAGUACAUGUUCCCCCCUCCAGAUCCACGCAUGUUUCCCUUCCAAGGCCCAAUGAUGCCACCCUUUCCCAGACCGCCACCCUUUCACAUGGGAAUGGCCCCGUGGCCCCCGGGGCCCAAUCAGGGCUUUAUGUUCCAGCCCCCACCUCCACCUCCUCCACCACCGCAUAAUCAGUAAGGCUGUGACUGAAUCCUCUUUACAACCUGCGCCCUAAAAGGGAUCACAAUCUUUACAGGCUAAUACAGCUGUAUUUCGUGUAUAGUACGAGUCAAACAUAACUGUAUAUUAUUAGAGUGCAAUUUUUCAUUUUGUAUUAAAAAUGAUUAAUUUCUAA